UUCACUAGAUGGCUUCAAAAAGAAUUGAGAUAAGUCUGACUUUGACCCUGGCUCUGGUCCUCACGGUCGUGCAAUGGGAUGGAGCCAGAGCACAAUCAGGCUGUACCACUGCACUGGUGAGCUUGUCCCCGUGUCUAAAUUAUGUUACCGGAAACACAACAACUCCCUCGUCAUCUUGUUGCUCACAGCUAUCAAGAGUUGUUUCAUCACAGCCGCGGUGCCUUUGCUCCGUGCUAAAUGGUGGUGGCUCCUCUUUCGGUAUUUCUAUUAACCAAACUCUGGCUGUUACACUUCCUAGUGCAUGUAAUGUGCAAACUCCUCCUGUUAGCCGCUGCAACGGUGGUGCAAAUGGACCAGCAGCUUCACCUGCUGAUAGUCCUCCAGCGGACUCUACUAAAGAAUCACCAGACAUUCCUUCAGGAACAGGGUCAAAGGCCACUGGUGGUGGCACAUCAGGUGGAAGCAUUGUGAAACUGUCAACUAAUUGGAUCUUCAUUGCUGCAUUCACUGCUUUUGCAUCAACUUUCUUUUAG